UUGUCUAAACUUCGAAAACCUCGACUGCUUAGGUCUUAUUCAGGAUUGAUCAGAAGCUCUGAGUACAUCUGGCCGCAACACAACACGUUUCUAGACGCUCCUUGCGUGCCUCCCAUGUCAGUUUGCGGAGCAGAGGUCAGCAGCAGUUGCUUAAGAACGGAUUUAAGAUCCGUGGUCAUGGAUCUGCUUAUUCCGUGUGACCAUAUCACUCUCGAAGAACUGGUUGGGAAAGGAUAUUUUGGCCAGGUGUAUCGUGGUACUCUGAAGGACCCAGUUUCCGGUUCAGACUACAAAGUUGCAGUCAAAACUUUAAAAAGUACUUUUUUGUUCCUGCGUGAAGGUGCGAUCAUGAAGGACUUCGACCAUCCUCACGUCUUGCGACUACUGGGCAUCGCCAUGGCUCAUAACGGCACACCGUGGGUGGUGCUGCCCUACAUGGCUCAACGAGAUAUGCGCUCGUACAUUGCUGAUACCAAGAAGGUUCUAGUUGUAAUGGAGUUGUUGAACUUCGCGCACCAAGUUGCUCAAGGGAUGUCGUAUCUGUCUAGUCUGAACUUUGUUCAUCGAGAUUUGGCAGCUCGAAACUGCAUGAUCACGAGUGACUUGGUAGUUAAAGUUGCCGACUUCGGCUUGGCGCUCGAUCUGUUCGAAAGGGACUACCUGCCGGACGAAGGACAUACGAGGCUGCCAGUUAAAUGGAUGGCUCUGGAGAGUCUCCAUGAUCGUCGUGUCUUCAACACGAAAACUGAUGUGUGGUCAUACGGAAUACUGCUGUGGGAACUGCUGACUCGAGGAGCGACACCGUACUCAAGCAUCUGCAACUCACAACUCAGAAACUUCCUGGACUCUGGUCAACGACUGCCGCAGCCACAUGACUGUCCAAAGGAAAUGUAUUUCGAUUUGAAAACUAUGAGAAUGGGAAGGACAUCGUAUUCCGUUGACUUUAUUCCAUUCAAGACACAAUGGUGUUCGCAUACCUCAGAAUUUGUGGCAAACAUGCAUGAGUAA